CCACCUUCUCGUGGAGGCGUGUGUGGUUUUGUGGGAUCUGGCUUAACUGGGUCUAUUGUUGGACCGAACGGGUGGCGAUACAAAUGGCAUUCGUUUUGCACCAUUCAAGAUCUCACUGCUCUCAUUCGCCCAUCACUUUGGAAGUGUCUCAUUUCAGUUGCACACAACUUGUGAAGGGAAUAAGGUCAAUGACGAUGAUAUGCUCAUCUUCCACGCCAUAGUAAUCUCCAUGAGGCACUAUGUCCCAGAGCACUGAUGGGCUGCAAACCUCGACACCAGCUGGGCCUAGACGUUCGGGUCGCCUUCGCCAGCCCAACACUCGCUUCUUGGAUGCUUAAUCGGAGAAGCACGUUUCCAGUAGCUUGCCAUGGAUUUCGUUUAUUGUUAAUUGAACUGGUCUUAGUAGCUGUUAGAUGAAUAAGCACAAUCCCACCUUAAGUGGACGUGCAGUUAGUAGCUCAGCAGUCAGCACUUGUAGGCUUUUGUUAUUUCUGUUAUUGUUCUUAUAAGCGUUGGAUUUGGAAUGAAAGAGGCAAGCAUUAUUUCAGCAAAGAAACAUCUGGUUCUUCUCACCAAGAAACGAGAAAACACUGGCUCAAUCCCGCCAAGAAAAGGGAUCCCUACAUUCGUACAACUUUGAUCCGUACCAUUUGGUAUCAGAGCCCGGCAUGGGCACUCACGCCAACCGUAUCGAAGCCCUCGAAACUGCCACUCAGGAGAAUCAAACAAGCCUCCAAGCGAUUCUCGAUCAAUUGACUGCUGUCCAGCUCGCAGUAACCCAGAUCGCUCAAGAGCGAUCAACCAAGUCUGACGAUGGUGAUAAAUCCGUCAACGACAGGACACGACGCACUCACCAUGAUGACUAUGAUGACCGUGAGCGAAAACCUUUCUUUGGAGCAAAGAUCGCUCGCCUGGAGUUUCCUACAUUCGCAGGAGACGAUCCGACAGUUUGGUUCUCAAGAGUCGAACAAUUUUUUGAGUUCCAAGAAAUUCCCGAGGAACAGAAGGUAACUCUCGCAUCGUACCAUCUCGAAGGUGACGCUAAUCAAUGGUGGCAGUGGCUCCGGCGCACCUACCAGACGGAGGGUCUCCGCAUCACCUGGGACACGUUUUCCUCCGAGCUCUGGGCUCGUUUUGGUCAGACUGCCGGGACCGGCUUUGAUGAAGCCCUUUCUCGCAUACGACAAACAGGAACAUUAAAAGAUUACCUGACUGAGUUUGAGCGAUUGGGCAAUCGCGUUCACGGGUGGACACAACAAGCCUUGGUGGGAACCUUUCUCGGCGGACUCAAACCCAUCAUCACAGACGGAAUUCGGAUUUUUAAUCCGAAGACUCUGAAGGACGCCGUUAACCUUACUCGCGCGCGUGAAGAGCAGAUUGAGCGCAACCAUAGUCCACCCCGGCAACCAUUCCGGUCGGCAAUGGAUUACGCAACCCCGCCACGGCCCAAGCCGCGGGCAACGUUCGACGCGUCGUUCGCCAACAGGAACAGAGCUCCACCGCCGAACACUACACCCAUCGCACCACCGCCUCCCGGAUCCACCAACCCACGACAACGGCCACCGGGAUCGAAACGCAUCAGCUAUGAGGAGAUGCACCGACGCCGUCAGCUGGGUUUCUGUUUCAAUUGCGACUCUCCCUAUUCGGCUACCCACCGUUGCAAUGGCGGAAAGUUAUGGAUGAUGUGCGGAGACGAACAAGAAGAGGAUGAUUUUGACGGGUUUGACGAGGCUGAGGUAUCACUCCACGCGAUGGCGGGUUGGGCUAACGGGAAGACGUUGCGAUUAUGGGCCACAGUGGGCCAGACGCGGCUGAUGGUUCUAAUUGACAGUGGGUCGACCCACAACUUCAUCAGCAAUCAGGCGGCCGAACUUCUCCACCUUCCUAUCUCGCCAAUUUCAGCUCUGCAGGUCAAAAUUGCAGAUGGAAGUCCCUUGGAAUGCCUGGGAAUGAUCAAGCAAGUCCCGCUGGUUAUACAAGACGGCCUUUUUCCGGUAAACCUCCAUGCCAUUAAUUUGUCCGGCUUUGAUAUCGUGUUGGGUGUGAAAUGGUUGGCUACCUUGGGAACAAUUCAAAGCAACUGGCGCUCGUUAGAAAUGGAAUUCUUUUGGAGAGGGAAACUGCACAAGUUUCGUGGCAUUAAUUCAAAUGCUCCCACUGAAGCGACCCUCAAAUGCAUUACUGAGGAUGACACACAACUAAUAGCCAUAUGCAUUCCCAAAGUAAUAGACGACCCUCUACGGCAAGUUCCGCCGGAACUACAUGCUCUCAUCCGCGAAUUCGGCGAUUUAUUCGUAGAGCCAGAUCAACUACCACCACAACGUGCGAUCGCACACAAGAUAGAAUUGAAAGCAGGCGCCGAGGCUGUCAAUGUGCGACCGUAUCGCUACGCACAUUUCCAGAAGGCCGAAAUAGAAGCUCAGGUAAACAAAAUGCUCGCCGCCGGGUUAAUUCAAUCUAGCACCAGCCCUUUUUCCUCACCGGUACUCCUCGUGAAAAAGAAAGAUGGCACAUGGCGUUUUUGCACCGACUACAGGGCAUUGAACCUUGUUACUGUCAAGGAUCGGUUUCCCAUUCCAACAGUCGACGAUAUGUUAGACGAACUCCACGGCGCAGCGUACUUCACCAGGCUCGACCUCCGGGCAGGCUAUCACCAAGUCCGUAUGCAUCCCGCCGACGUGGCCAAAACAGCUUUCCGGACUCAUAACGGCCAUUACGAGUACCUCGUAAUGCCCUUCGGCCUUUGUAACGCACCGUCCACUUUCCAGGCCAUCAUGAAUGACAUCUUUCGGCCAUUGCUUCGCAAGUUCGUGCUGGUAUUCUUCGACGACAUAUUAAUUUACAGUCCAGACAAGGGGCUGCAUCUCAAACACGUGAGGCAGGUUUUUCAAAUCUUGCGCCAUCAUCAAUUCUUUGUCAAGUUCAGUAAGUGUGCUUUUGGCAUGAAGGAAAUAGAAUAUUUGGGUCACUUCAUUUCGGCUGCCGGCGUUCACGUCGAUCCUCGCAAGAUCGCCGCUAUGAUCGAGUGGCCAACCCCGGCAUCCAUCACCGAACUACGUGGAUUCUUAGGACUCACGGGGUACUACCGCAAGUUUGUUCGCGACUAUGGAAUCAUUGCCCGGCCGCUGACCAAUCUACUGAAAAAAGGGCAAUUCAGCUGGACGACCGAUGCCGACUCAGCAUUCCAUGCUUUGAAAACGGCUAUGACGACAACUCCAGUCCUAGCUCUUCCGGAUUUCACACAACCCUUUGUCGUUGAGACUGACGCUUCCGGGUCAGGCAUCGGCGCGGUGCUUAUGCAGAAUGAUAGACCGAUCUCGUUUCUUAGCCGCGCUCUCGGGAAAUCCAGGGAGGGCCUCUCAACCUAUGCAAAAGAGAUGCUUGCCGUGGUUACAGCUGUUCAGAAUUGGCGUCCCUAUCUCUUGGGUCGCAAGUUCAUAAUUCGCACGGAUCAGAGAAGCUUGAAGCAUCUUUUGGGCCAGCGAAUUACUACACCUGAACAACAGCAGUGGCUCUCUAAGUUAAUGGGCUAUGAUUAUGACAUUAUUUACAAGCCUGGCCCACAAAACCAAGCUGCUGAUGCUCUCAGCCGUCGGCCACACACGGCUACCGCGUUGGCGCUUUCUAUACCCUACACGACACUUUGGGACUCCAUCAAAGAGACGUCUUCUUCCCAUCCAUAUAUGUUGAAGAUGCGGCGCAAGGCUUCCUCUUCCUCCCCACGUACCUUCACUCUUCGGGACGACAUGUUGUAUCGGCGCGGCAGGAUCGUCAUUCCACCUAACUCUCCUCAUGUGGGUCAGCUCCUCCAUGAGUUUCACGCCACUCCAUUAGGCGGGCACUCAGGAAUCGAACGCACAUAUCGGCGUUUGGCAACUCACUUCUACUGGCCGGCCAUGCUCGAAGAUGUCAAGCGGUUCGUUCACGCUUGUGAUGUGUGCCAACGCGCCAAGGCACAGUCUCUUUCACUGGCUGGCCUUCUUCAGCCUCUUCCCAUUCCGACCCAGGUAUGGCAGGACAUUUCAAUGGAUUUUGUCGAUGGCCUUCCCUCUUCCGGCGGCAAGACUGUGCUCCUCGUCGUCGUUGAUCGCUUAACCAAAUCGGCGCACUUCCUGCCUCUGUCUCAUCCAUAUACGGCGAGGUCGGUGGCUGAUACGUUCUUGGCAGGAGUGAUCAAGCUCCAUGGUUUGCCGCGUUCCAUCGUUAGUGACCGCGAUCGUGCUUUCACCAGCAAGUUUUGGCGUGAACUGUUCCGGCUAUCGGGAACACAGCUCCAACUGUCGUCCUCUUACCAUCCUCAAACUGACGGUCAGACGGAGGUAGUAAAUAGAUGUGUUGAACAAUAUCUCCGAUGCUUUGCCAGCCAGAACCCACGCCGCUGGCUCUCGUACCUUCCUUGGGCGGAAUUCUGGUAUAAUUCCACGUUUCAUAGCUCGGCAGGUAUGACACCCUUCCAAGCUCUAUAUGGUCGAAUUCCCCCUUCCAUUCCUUUCUACAGGCCAGGUUCAACUUCCGUCCAUGAGGUGGACAGAGCACUUUUGGACCGCAACGCGAUCAUGACCGAGCUCCAGUCCAACUUAUCGGCUGCUCAAAAUAGGAUGAAACAACACGCUGAUACUGGUCGCCGUGAUCUGGUCUUCCAGGUCGGGGAUCCGGUCUACUUAAAGCUCCAUCCAUACCGGCAGCAUUCGGUCUUCCGUCGAGCUUCACAAAAGCUGGCUUGUCGCUACUACGGGCCUUACCUCGUCACCGAGCGUAUUGGCCCCGUGGCCUACCGCCUUGAUCUUCCGCCGGGCAGUCGAGUUCACCCCGUGUUUCAUGUUUCUCUGCUCCGGCCCUGCCACUCCCCUGCCCCAGCCAUCUCCACUGCCAUACCACCAAUCGGCGAUGAUGGGGUGCUCUCCUUGGUUCCUCAGGCCAUAUUGGAGACUCGAUGAACUCGCUGUGGCAAUCGCCUAGUUGAAGAACUCCUUGUUAAAUGGCAGCAGCUCCCUGAAGACGAGGAAACAUGGGAGUUAGCAUCGGUCUUCAAUGAUCGCUAUGUCCAACUCGACCUCGAGGACGAUGCCGCUGCUCAACGGGAGGGUAAUGAUGGGCUGCAAACCUCGACACCAGCUGGGCCUAGACGUUCGGGUCGCCUUCGCCAGCCCAACACUCGCUUCUUGGAUGCUUAAUCGGAGAAGCACGUUUCCAGUAGCUUGCCAUGGAUUUCGUUUAUUGUUAAUUGAACUGGUCUUAGUAGCUGUUAGAUGAAUAAGCACAAUCCCACCUUAAGUGGACGUGCAGUUAGUAGCUCAGCAGUCAGCACUUGUAGGCUUUUGUUAUUUCUGUUAUUGUUCUUAUAAGCGUUGGAUUUGGAAUGAAAGAGGCAAGCAUUA